AUGUUACCAAUUCACGAGUUACUUGAUGAUGACUUGAGCCCUCGAUUUAUAUUCAAUGAUCCACAAACAGCAUCAAGACGACGUAAAACUGAGUUGGCUACACUUAGACGAAAAAUUGAAACUCGAUUUUUCGAGAAAAAAGUUAGCCCCGGUCGUCCUGUUCAACUAUUUAUUGAUGAAUUAGAUAUUCUUCUUCAAAAUCUUCAUAACACUUCAACUAUUAAUAAUGGUCUUCAUUUGAAUCGUACAAUAAAUCAAAAUAAGUCUAAUGAUAUUAUUAUUUUAAGUCAACCUCAAAUUAAUAUUCGAUCGAUUACAAAGAAGAUAAAUUAUCGUCGAUUAAUUAAAAGAUUAAAAUUAAAAUUUCGAUUGACAAAUACAGUGAUAAGAAAAACUGACAAAUCUAAAGUAUUUCAUUUAGGUAAAAUUGAUGAUUAUCGAAGAAAAUCUAUCGAAUAUAUGAAUAAAACCAAUGCUUAUCAAUGUCUUGGUACUCAUGAUCCUUUACCUGAUCUUAUACAACGUACCAAUAAAUACUUAUUGGAAUUACGUCUUGCUAAAUGGAUUACACAAAAACAAUAUGAGCAACUUUGUAUUAAAGAAGAUGAAGUUGAAUUAGCUCAUCUAUAUUAUUUACCAAAACCUCAUAAACCGCAAACUCCUCUUCGACCAAUUACUGCAGGUCUUAAACAUCCAACAAUAAAAAUUUCUAAGUUUCUUGAUGAUCUUUUACGACCAUUGUUUGACAAAAUGGCUGCUAAUACUACUGUUACUUGUGGCUUUGAACUUAUUAAAAAAUUGCAACAAUGGUCAAACAAUAAUAUGAAACAAUAA